AUGGUUUCCAGGCAGGGCCCACCCCCUUGUGAGGCCUGGUUCUCGCUCCACAGUCUGCGAAUGCUGCUGACUGGGAGAGAGGCUUGGGCGUGGCUGUCCCCACUCCAGCAGCAGCUGUCCUGCUCUUCUGCAGGAGUCAUUCGUUUUGGAGUCAAUGGGCUCGUCACCUGUGUAAAAGCUAUUUAUGUUUUCUUUGAGGAUGCCGUGGAUAUAACUUUGAAAAUCCCAAGGCCACCCCAGGGUGGUGUGAAUCCGUGGCAGUUAAACAUAGCCAUAUACAGGAUGCUGCCCCACAUCUGGGGAAAUCAAAAGACCCUCAUGGCCAAGAGUGUGAUGAGUGAAGUGGAGGUGACCAGCUCUGCCUGGGCCCACUGGCACCAUGACCUCACAAGAUCCCCUUCUAGUUCCAUCAGGGCACCCUUCAAGGUGUGUAAAACAUCUUUGCUGGACGUCAUGUCAUCGUCCACAGAAAUGUCAUCGUUCACAGGAAACUUCCAUCAAGACUAUGACGUGCUGAUGCCCCUUGGUGAGGGUCACUUUGCCAAGGUGGUACUCGCUGAACAUGUGAGCACAAGGAUGCUGGUAGCUGUGAAGGUACUUCAAAAGGACAAGUUGAGGCCUACUGCUGUUAGACGGGAGGUCAGCAUCCUAAAGGACCUUCAGCACCCCAAUAUCAUUCAGUUGCUGGAAGUGUCAGAAAAUAGUACCACUAUGUUCCUGGUAAUGGAAUAUGCACGCGGGAAAGACCUGCAGCGACAUAUCAAGCGUGCUGAGAGACAGAAGCUGCAGGAGGAAAGGGCACGGCUGAUAUUCCGAGAACUCCUGGAGGCUGUGCAGUACUGCCAUAACAGGGGAGUCAUUCAUGGGGACCUGAAACCGGCGAACAUAUUAAUGGACCGUGAAGGCCACCCCAAGCUCAGCGAUUUUGGCGUGGCUUUCAGGUUCCUUCCUGGCCAGGAGGUGACCACGUGUGGAGGCACCCGACAAUAUGCUGCCCCAGAGAUAUUUUUACAAAAGAAAUACCAAGGCCCACCACUGGACAUUUGGUCUUUAGGGAUACUUUUAUUUGAGAUGCUCGCUGGGGUACGCCCAUUUAGUGGGAACCAAACACGACUGACAAAGGAUGCCCUAAAGGGGCGAUACCAGUUUCCCCAGCACUUCUCCAAAGAGGUGCAAAGCUUAAUAAAGGGUCUUCUCAACCCUGACCCAAGAAUGCGCCCUACUUUAGAGAAAGUAAGGCAGCAUCCAUGGCUUCAGCUUGAAUCUGUCCCUUGUCAUCCUCCUCAACUGCUCCCCAAGGCCACAGAAAGGGCAAUAUUGCACAUUAUGGCUGGGAAGGGGUACAACCGGCUGAAGGUGAUUGAUGCAGUGAAGUGCAGAAAAUACGAUCCUGACAUGGCGCCCUUCCUGCUACUACAGGACAUGGCACUCGAGAAACUCCACUUGAGGUCUGAGGUGAAGCCCACACACAAACGUGAGGCUGAAGAUCUGUUUGAACAGUCCACAAACAAAGAUGAGUAUACAGAUGAAUAUCAGCCAUCUUCAUCUUCUCCCCCUGUAGCAUCUCACAAACCAAGCCGUGCUAUUGCUACUACCAAGGCCUGCCAGCCCAGCCAUACUACUACCAUCAAGUCCUGCCAUCCAGGCCCUUCUACUCCCAAAGCAUCCCGUCAACCAACAUCCCGUCAACCAAGCCCUGCUGUUCCCAUCAAGUCCUGUAAAACCAGCCGUGCCUCUACUGAGUCAUACUGGCAGCCCAAUCCUGCCUCUCCCGGUGAGUCCUUCCAGCACAGCCCUGGGACUCCAAAUGCUGCCUUCACUGCUGCCCCAGCCCCUGUCAGCAGUAGGAGGUGGGGCUGGAAAACUGUCAAGAGAACCAUGAGACACUGCCUGCAGGCCCUGUGCUGCUGCCCCGUAUCGACGUGCAAGUGUCACAAACACAAGGUGGUCGCAGUGUAA